CACUUCGUUUAGUGCUUCGUGCUGUUCGGUUGUGCGUCGGAGUGACGGGAAUUCUGUUUUCUCUUGUUCGACUUGUCUUCAAAACUGCAAAAGCAAAACAACAGUUAUUUCUUGCAAUUGGCGUGUGCAUUUCGCGUUUAUUGUUCUAAUUAAUAUUGUUGAUAAUUUAAUUAUUUAUUUUUUUUGUUUUUUGUUCAAAUGACUUGAAUUAUUUAACACAAAAGUGCGCAAAAGUGAACUCACGUUUCUUCCAUAUAAAUAUUGCCGAAAAAAAAUAAAAACAUUGGAUUGGAAUUUCUACUGCUGCUCUAUACUGCUCUUGCAGAUGGGAAGAAUGCCGUGGUAAAGUCAGAGGCUAAGAGAAUAAGGCCCGAGAUUGGAAACGUGUGUGAAAUUCAGCCAAGAGCCAAGAGCCAAAACGAGAGAGCGAAAGAGAUAGCAGCAAGAAAGGAACUAGAAGAGAAGCAGCCACUAUGACCCAACUAAUGGCACUGGUGCUGAUGUUGGCGACACCUAUUGGUUCCUUUGUGUACGCCGCCGCCAGCAGUGGCAAUAGCAACAGCACUGCCACACUGGGUGCCUUCAUCGAGCGUGCCCCCGAAUCGGCAGUGGCUCCCAAGGGCGACGAAGUGGUCUUUGAGUGCGAAUUGAAUUUAAAACCUGAUCGCCUGAAAUGGCGUUUCCGCAGGAAUAGCGGCCUACCGUUUAGCGAUCUGCCUCCGGCUGCUGGCUACAAUGUUACCAGCAGCAGUGAUGAGCAUACAUGGAAGUUACGGAUAUAUGUAUCGGCCCAGACACUGGGCGAAUAUCAAUGUGUUGCCUGGUAUGGCCCCGGGGCAUUAGCCUCGACCCCGGCACGCCUCACUCUCGUCUCCAUAUCAAUUGACAAUACCAAUAAUGGGGGAUAUAGCCGGCAUGCCUUGAUUUGGAGCGUUGCGCCCCGGAAUUGUGUGCUCAUACGCUGCGGAACAGUCACUUCUAAUCCUCCGGCGAUUUGGAGCUUCUAUCGAAAUGGCGAAAAAGUGCCGCAAUCGGAACAAAUGUUGGGCGGUGGCGGAACUGCUGCUGACGGCGCAUUGAUUCUUACCUCUGUGAGUGCCAAGGACGCAGGAAACUAUUCAUGUGCGGCAACCAAUGCCAUCACCGGAGUGGAAGUGCGUCUGCCCCAGGUGAUUGAUUUGCGUGUUGACUACACGGAUCGAACGCCGCCGUAUUUUCUGGUCCAACAGCCAACGGUAACCGAAUUGUCGGCUCGUCCCGGCGAAACUGUUGUCCUCGAAUGCCCCGGAGUGGGCUCCCCCCGGCCCGUGGCCGUCUGGAGUAGUCCGAAUGUAACGCAAAUCUUCCACAAUCGCACCAAAGUGCUACCAUAUGGCCUACAUAUCACCGAUGUCCGACCCAUAGAUCAGGGAACGUAUGUUUGUCGCCUGGACAACGGGAUUGCUCCGGUUCUGGUGCGAAUUAUUCAGCUGAUUGUUUUGGAGCGACCACGGAUUAUCCGCGGUCCGGCCUCAACGCUAACCAAUGAGGGCGAUAUGUUGCUGCUGGAGUGCAAUGCCACAGGUAAUCCACAACCGGAGAUUUAUUGGCUUAUCAAUGGCGAGGAUGCUAGCAGCGACAAUGAAACACUCGUUCAGGAUCACAAUCUAAUGAUACAUCAUGUCCAGAAGCGUCAUGCUGGGAUUGUGCAAUGUUUUGCACGUAACAUUCUUGGCGAGAUAAGCGAGGGCAACAUGUUGGGCGUUAAUCCUCUUGAGAUAAGUGGCGAAGAUUUCCAACCACUCGGUGGCAAUUUGCCCAUGCGCCCGUUACACGAUGAAGCCAGCACUGGCAGUGGUUCCUCCUUUAUGUCCAAUGGUGGCUCUUCCUCCUCCGGUUCAUCAUCAUCCCGUAAUAACAAAGGCAAAAGAAAAUACAUGAGAGUGGCCAACAUGGUGCCACCAUCUAGGCCCAAUGUGACACGCCUCUCCGACGAUUCCGUCAUGCUGCGCUGGAAUGUACCCAAAAAUGAUGGAUUGGCCAUUCAGUUCUUCAAGGUACAAUAUCGCAUGCUUGGCGAUAGCUCGAGAAAAAUUGCACGCGAAAAUUGGCAGACUACAAAUGAGUAUAUACCCUACGGGCGGCAGCGUUCCCGUGAUCGUCACGAUCACUCCGAUGGCGGUGGCGCCAAGAAUUUCACAUCAUCUGUUACGGGCCUGCAUCCGGAUCGCUAUUAUCGAUUCCGCAUUGUGGCCGUCUAUUCGAACAACGACAACAAGGAGGGCAACACCUCCGUAAAGUUCUUCCUCCAGCAUGGAGCUGCCAAAUCUGAUCUGCCUGUGCCCGACUUACGAGAUGUAGAACCAUAUACCGAAUCCGCAGUGGUCUUGCAUUGGUCACUGGCUGCAUUGCCAGCCCAAUCCCAGCUAAUUGAUGGCUAUUACGCCUACUAUCGGCAGGCUGCCUCGGCUGGCGAAUAUCUCAAGGCGACUGUGGAUGGCGGUCAUGCCCGGAGAUUCAAGAUUGACAUGCUAGAGCCGGGCACCGCAUAUGAGUUCAAGUUGCAAUCCUUCAAUGCCCAUUCCGCCUCCGAGUUUAGUGUGAUACGCCAGGCCAGCACCAAGAAGAGUCAGUCCAAUCAUGGUAUACCAUCGGGGGCCACGCCCAUUGCUCCAGUGAUCAAACCAGCCAGCAAUUCAAUUUAUCCUGUCAUAGCUGGAGCCGCUGGCGGUGGUUUACUGCUUCUUAUAGCCACUGUUGUGGCCUGUCUCUGUUUGCGUCGUCGUAAAAUUGCCCAACCCGAAGAUGAGAACAAACCGCAAUUGGAUCACAUACAAGCGGAUUUUGUUACCUCCGCCGUUUUGGGUGUGGCACCGCAUCAUCAUAAGGCUGGUGAUGUUCGUCGUCUGAAUGGUGUCAUACCCCGCAUGAAUAUCACACCCAAUCCAUUGGCAGCAUCUCAAGAUCCAGCUAGUGGCGAUAAGAAUCGCAAUGUGAUGGAGCUGCGUUUUAUGCCGCCGCCCAAUAAUAAUGGCCAGAGCCAGUGCAUCAGUAAUUCGAAUUCGAAAUCGAAACAACCCAACUCCAAUACGGAGAAUUCGGAGAACGAUGUGGAUGCCACUGAUGCUGGAAGCCUGGUAAUAGCUUCCUCCUCGUGCGAGACAUUGGAAGCCUGUGAUGAUAAUCAUGUUCAUCAAGAUGUGGAUGAGGAUACGCCAAAUAAACCGCUGCCGCCGCUGCCCAAGAAACCCAACAAUCAUCAAUCUCCUCCUGGCCAGGCAACGGCAAAGCAAGUAAACAGUAAUGCUGUGGCAGCUGCCCUGCAUCAACCUGGUUUGCAUCAUGCUCAGCCCUAUCAUCCACCCGGCACGCCCACACUGCUCCAUAAGCGACUCGACUAUCAUCAUCAGCAUCAGCAUCAUCAUCAUUCUCACCAUCAACAGCAGCAAGCACCGCCUGUGCCUCCGCAUGCCGCUUACUAUCAACAGACGCCGCCACCCAGUUCCAGCUGCACUGCCUCACCCAUGAUGGAACGAAGUGUGCGUAGUCAGCAGUCUUAUGGCCAUAUGGAUGAGAAUGGUCUGCCCAGCACGCCCACCCGCAUACCCUCGCUGAGAAGGCAGAGGCGGGCAUCGGCUGGUGGACACCAGCAGCAGCAGCAGCAGCACAAUAGCAGCCACUCCAAUCUCAAUCUCAGUAUCGGUAAUCAUCACCAUCAUAAUAACAACAACAACAAUUUGCCACCCCAUCACCAACAUCUGCAUCACCAUCAUGGAGGAGGUGGUGGAGGAGGAGGCGGAGGUGUUGUUGGCAUACCAAUUGUGCCCGGCAGUCCACGUGUCCAGCGCUCACCGAUGCCAUCGCGGGCUCUAAUUAAACGAACACGCCUGGGCAGCCACACGGAUAACAUCUCCUCCGGCAGUCUCAACAGUAUUGAGGUGUAACCAACGCCAGCAACAUUUGUUGCUGCUGCUGCUGCUGCUCCGUAGACCUAACAACAAAGAGAUCAAGUUCCCACGCAUUAUUUAACUAUAGAUAUAUUAUAUUCAAUUAUUAUUAUGUAACUUUAGGUACAUAUGUAGAUAUAUAUAUUUUUUAGUCAUUUAGUUUGGCCCCCCAUCCCCAUCCCCAUACCCAUCAAGGGGUUAAAUUAGAUCCACCUCUUCCUACAACUCAUCCACUUUAUCUCAUAAUUAAUGUAAUUAUAUAUGUAUGUAGUUUUACUUAUUUAUUGAUCGACUCGAAUUGAUUUUGACUAGUUUAAUUUAUGCCUUAUACUAGAUUAAGCCUUAGUAGUUUAUACUAACUAAAUGUAACUAGCAUCCCGAAUCGGCUUGUGAAGGAUCACCACCCCAUUUCACACAGCAUCAAAUUUGUAACUAAUCAUAUUCUAUUCGAUUAUACAUACAGAAAUACAUAUAAAUAGCUAACUCUAUAUACAUAGAUAUAUGU